UUAAUAAUUUAUCCUCCAAUUUACUUGAUAUAUGUAUAUAUUUUUUAUACAUAUAUACAUAUAUCAUAGAAUUGGAAUCUUGUGUUACAAUGCGUACAGCGUUACUUGCGAUCAUUAUCGCUAAUACUGUGUGUGCCUUCGAUGCAUCAAUGUCAUCUAGCAGCAACACUUAUAAAAAUCUAUCUUCAGCGGUUGUAACAUAUGUAGAAUUAAAGGAUGUAUCUGGUCUAAAAGAACCAUCGUAUAUAAAUCGAUUGAUGAAUAUAGAAAACAUAGUAUACAGUCUUAUAAAUAUAUGUAUGAUAACUUCCUUACUUUUAAACGGUGCUAAAGAAGGAGCGACAGAAAAUGAAUUGAAGUCUUAUUUGGAUAUUACUGAUAAAAUAUCUUUAAACGAAGACUUAGCUAAUCUUACUUAUUUAAAUGGUAUCGGAAACAUCGAAUUGCAUCUAGAAACUGCAGUAUAUGUUCAAAAUUCAGUUGAGUUAACGGCCGACUUCUCAUCAAUAUGCAUAAAUAACUUUAAUUGUUUGAUUUCAAAAGUAGAUUUCAGAAAUAACGAACAUGUUACAGAAACUAUAAAUUUAUGGGCCCAAAAAGCAACGAAUUAUAAUAUGUUAGAUCACGUAAUUUCUUCAGUUAACGUGGACAGAGAUACAAAAAUUAUGUUGGUAAAUGUUGUUUACCUAAAUAGUAGAUGGCUGAACUCAACUUAUAAAAGAAAAUUAGAGAGACGCAAAUUUUAUAUUUCCUCAUCGAAAAUGUAUUUUGUUCCAACAAUUAAAUUUGAAAAAUCGACAUUUAUUCAUGGUGAAAUACCACAUUGGAAUGCCAAGUUCAUUGAAAUUCCAUUUUUGGAUGACAACGUUACAAUGAUUAUAUUUUUGCCAAAUGAAAAUAUGGAACUUGGGAAUCUGGAGUACCUGAGAAAGAAACUUAACCUUUCAGAAUUACAAUCAGUUAGAACUGCAUACACAAACAAAUUUGAGCAAGAUAUGGAAUUAUAUUUACCUAAGUUUAUGAUUGCAUAUCAUGAAAAUAUGACAGACUUUUUCCGUGAGGUGGGCGUUACUACGAUGUUCGGGGAUAAUGCGGAUUUUACACGUCUCUCAGAAAUUCCUUUAAAAGUGAACAAUAUUGUUCAAACAGUUUCCGUGAAGAUUAACGAAGGAAGUUCGGAAGAUCCAGAUGGAUACAUCUUUGACAGAAGCGAAGUAAGAGAACCGGUAGGUCCACGGCAAGAGUUGGUCGUAGAUCGUCCGUUUCAUUACUUAAUCGAAGUGUACGGAGAGAUAAUGUUUGCUGGAACCGUGCGAGCACCAGAAUUUAUAUUUCGCAGAGAUUAAUUAUAAAUUCUAUUACAUUCUUGUAUUUAUUGAAAGUUUAUAUCACACAAUGUAUAUAGAGCUUAAAUUUUUUUAAAUUUUAUCAUAUUAACGUAUAUAAAAUGCAAGCAUUAAUAAAUAAAUAAUUUGGAUUUUGAAAAUGUGCUUUAGUCAUUUUUUGAUCAAUUUUCUUAUUGCUUAGAAGUAGCCAAAUAAAUUUGC